GGGCAGAGAUUUUCUUGUAGAGCAACAACGGGAGGUAAAAUGUUGUGCAGGAUCCAAAUCGGAGAUAAUGAUGAAAAAAGAAAAAAGAUCCUAUCUUCCCUUGUGAUACUUUUGAUGGUUGUCGUCGUGGACUUUUUAAAUGGUUUUCGGAAGGUAGCCACACAGAUUGCUGGGAUUUAUGCGUGCGACCUUCUAAAAUAAGACCGCCAAGCAUUCUCUCACAUUUCGCUCCUCGCCGUCGUCCAUCAACAUGAUUAUUGUCACACUGUCGCUCCUGCGGCCCCGCGAUUCUACGACGAUGUGAAGAUGUGAAGAUGUGAAGAUAUGAAGACGCGAAAUAUUUCUGGGCGGCAACUUCGGUCCCGUCAACCCUGUUAAGUUAUCACAUGUGAUCUGUUUCCCUGCUUUGCAGAAAGUAAAUCGGGGCGCGCCGCUGUAGAUGCAGAUAGUUCAGAUUGUGGGGACACCGAGGUAUGGAGAAUUGAAAGCAGAUAACCUAUCGUUCCGCCACGGGUAAUUCCAUCCGAUAAACUGCCAACAACUAGAGAGCAUCGUCAUCGUCGUCGAUUUUGCCAUCAUCAUCGCCGCCGGUUCUCCCAACGCUAUUGAUGCCACCACUAUCAUCACAUCAAUAUCGUCUUGCAAUAUCACAACUGUGUGUCAAGUCGUAUCAGUCGGCCGUAGCACCGUGAGACAUUGUGAGAUUCAUUGAAAAUGAAAAACUCAGUUAUUCAAACCCUCGUCCACGCGAAUCAUAUUUUGCAUCAUCAGAAUGUUGUUGAUGCUUAUGGUCAUGUGUCUGUUCGCCAUCCGGACAACCCAGGUAUCUUCAUUAUGUCGGCAUCGACCGCGCCAGCAUUGGUCUCAUCCAUCUCCGACUUGGUACAUUAUAAUGUAUCCGAUGGCGCUCCAGUAGAUCCGAAGGCGAAGAAAGGGUACCAAGAACGGUUUAUCCAUAGCGAAAUUUACAAGAAAUUCUCAGAGAUCAAUUGCGUUAUCCACAGUCAUGCCGAGGCCGUGAUACCCUACACCAUGAACGGAGUCCAGAUGCGACCGAUAUUUCACAUGGCUGGGUUCUUAGGUGAUCAUGUACCUAAUUUUGAUAUCACGGAGCUAUACACCUCGAACGAUAGACAAGACUUCUUGGUAAACUCUGGACGGUUUGGCAGUGCCUUGGCCGAGAAAUUCUCCAAGCCGGAAUCAAGUACCCAAGACUAUAACGUCGUCUUAAUGGCAAAUCACGGUUUCACGACGGUAGGAUCAAGUAUCAAGCAGGCUAUCUACCGUGCUGUUUAUACCCAAAUCAAUGCGGGUCUCCAAGCAAAAGCCAUUAUGCUCAGGAAUGCCGACGGGAGAGCUGCUGACCUUGGCCCUUUAAGGUUUUUGAAUGCCGAACAAGCUUCUGGUUCCGAAAAAUUCAACGAUGACACCGCCGAAAGACCUUGGCAGUUAUGGGUGCGAGAAGUUGAGGCAAACCCUUUGUAUCAGAAUGAAGCAUCAAAGAUGGACUCCUCAGAUGAGGUAUGAUACGGAAGACUAAGUUCUUCGCGUUUCUAUUCUAUGUUAUUGAAAUUGUGAUGGGCCACAGUGCUAUGGUUCAUAUUUGAGAAGGGGACGUAAGUUCAAUUCAUGCAUUCAACUUCCGAGCCAUUACUAGUUCAAAAUAGCUCGAUAUGGCUUUGCCAUCUCUUACUCACGUAGACACAUUUGAUAUCUAGUUUCUAGGGGUGAAAAAGAAACCGCGAGACUACGUCCAAACAAUGUGGCGUCGACUAAAACAGAAUUUCUUUCAUCUCAUUUCCUAAAUGACAUCUUCAAACUUCGACCCCUUAGGAAGGAAAGUUCCUACCACCAUUAAAUCUACCUAUACUUGCUUCAAUCGACCGGAAUUUGGAUCA